AUGGAUAGUGACAAUGACGACCUUUUAGAUUUUGCAUCAGAUCAGUUAUUUAAAAAACCAAAAAUAGAAAUUGCCAAUAAUAGUUUCGAUAACAAUAAAAUAAUAUCCAAUAAUACAUUAAAUUCAUCACCAUCUCCAUUAUUAGCACAACAAAUUAACUCAUUUAAUACGCCAUCUUAUUCAUUUAAUAAUAGUAAUAGUAAUAGUAAUAGUAAUAGUAAUAGUAAUAGUAAUAGUAAUAGUAAUAGUAAUAGUAAUAGUAACAAUAUUAAUAGUUAUGAUAAUAAAAUAUUAAACCAUAGCAAUAGUUCAUUAGAAACUCAACAAGAUAAUACACAAGAAAUUCAAACUGAAAAUGAUAACCCAAUAUUAUAUUUUCCAAAAAUUAAAAAUGAAUCAUCCAUCAGUAACUCACUAAAUAAUAAAGAUAAAAACGAUGAUAGUAAUAGUAAUAGUAAUGAUAAUGAUAAUGAUAAUAAUAGUACUAAUAAUAACGAUAAUGGUAUUGAUAAUACAAAUCUAGAUUAUGAUUUGGACUCUGAUAUAAUUAAUGAAUUUUACUCUCCAGUAAUUGAAAAAACUGAUAAAAAAGAAAACGAAACCACCUCAACCAAUAUAAAUAAAACAAUUAAAAUUGAAAACGAUAAUAGUGUUAAUAGUAAUAAUAAAAAUGAUAGAAAAUUACCAAACUGGAUGAUGAAAAAUAAUAAUAGCAAUCCAUUUGAUGAAGAUGCAAAAUUAGCCGAAAAAUUAUUUGAAGAAAAAAGAAGUAACAAAGAGAAUUUUUUAAAAGCAGAGGAUUUAAAAUGGUUAGAGUCUUUAAAGGGUUUUAAGGAAGUGGAUCAACCAAUUACUAAAGGAAGGGUCAUUUGUUUCGAUUUAGAGACCAGUGGAUUCAGUGCAGAAGAUAGCAUUAUUGAAAUUGGUGCUGUCGAAUUGAUAGAUGGUUGUAGAACUGGUGUAAUAUUUCAAAGCUAUGCCAAACCCAAAGCACAAAUUCAUCCAAGAGCAGAAGAAAUUCAUCAACUAAACAAUUAUUUAUUACAAUAUUCACCGCCCAUAGAAGUUAUGCUCUGUAGUUUUAUGGAUUGGGUAGGAGAUUCACCAUUAAUAGCCCAUAACUUAUCAUUUGAUAAAAGAAUGCUGUUACAAGAAUUAGUACGUUACAAAAUUCCUUUCGAUAAUGACCAUAUUUGUUUUUGUACAAUGAAAUACUUCAGAAAAGUGUAUAUGGGUUUAAAUUAUUCUUUGGAUUCAGUUAGUCAAAAAUUAAAAAUUAAUAAACUCUUAUUAAGAAAAACGCAUGGUGCAUUAGUUGAUGCUGAAAUUUUAUCAAUUGUUUAUACUCAUUUAUUAACAGCCAAUCCAAAUAAUUCAAUAAAUAAAAUUAUAAGCAAUUCAAUAAUAAAUAAUCAAAUAAAUAAUCAAACAAAUAAUAAUAAUAAUAACAAUAAUAAUAAUAAUAAAAACAAUAAUGACAAUGAUAAUGAUAUUAUAAAGGACUAA